CAUAGCACGCUCCUCAACCAACCCACCAUGCAGAUUUUCAGAACCAUUGCAGAAGUGCGCGAAUGGCGCCGCCAGUGUGUGCUAAACAACGAAACCGUCGGCUUUGUCGCGACCAUGGGUGCGCUCCACGCGGGCCAUUUGUCGCUUGUGACCGCCUCUUUGGCCGCCAACGACCGCACAAUCGUGUCUAUCUUUGUGAACCCAUCGCAGUUCGCCCCACACGAGGAUUUGGACGCAUAUCCCCGCAAUAUUGACGAUGACAUCGGCUUACUCGGCACUUUGGACGGCACGGUGGACUGCGUGUUUGCGCCAAAGGUUUCGGAGAUGUACCCGUCUGGGAUUACUCUCGAGGUUUCCCAGCAAAAAGGCGCGUUCGUGUCGGUUUUAGGCUUGAGUGAACCGCUAGAAGGCGUCACCAGACCUCAUUUCUUCCGCGGCGUGGCCACAGUUGUCACCAAGUUGUUCAACAUUGUCACCCCUACGCGCGCCUACUUUGGCCAAAAGGAUAUCCAGCAGACUAUCGUAAUUAAGCGCAUGGUGAAGGAUUUGUUGUUGCCUGUGGAAGUAGUGGUAGCUCCUACCGUCAGAGGGUCCUCCGGACUCGCUUUGUCCUCUCGCAAUGAAUAUUUGUCUGACAAAACUAGAGACCUUUCCGCCGUCAUCUAUAACGCCUUGAGUGUUGUUAAGACAGAAUAUGAGACGGGUGUUACUGAAGCUGAGCCGUUGUUGGCAGCGUUUAAGGAUACUAUUCUUCCAUACCUCGACGGAACCGCUGCAUCGUUCGAGAUAGAAUAUGUUUCGUUGAACGAUCCUGAAACAUUGGAAGCUUUGACUAAGAUCGAUCCAAAGGUUGGCGCCGUUUUUUCUACGGCUGUGAAGGUCCCAAAGGCCGACGGAAGUGCGGCCCGCUUGAUCGACAAUCUUGUAUUUGAACCCAAGGAUUGAAGCUAGAAAAUGUCCAGUUAUGCCAAAUUAGAGGCAAUAUCGGACCAACCG